AUGGAAACUAAGGUGGGACGCGAUCAUGCUGAGCGUCUUCGGAUCAAGAUUGGAUUUGAGGGGUUAUUUUAUGUUGAUAGCAGUGGUUCCAGAGGACUAAGUGGUGGUUUAGCGUUGUUCUGGAGGAAGAAUAAUACAGCAAGGCUCCUCAGUUACUCAAAGAAUUAUGUGGAUAUUGAGGUAACUAUAACCGGCUUCCCGAAGUGGCGUAUGACGUGUUAUUAUGGUUUCUCGGAACGAACCAGACGUUCUGAGUCAUGGGACCUUUUGAGGGCAUUAUCAACUAGAUCCGGCCUUCCAUGGAUCGUAGUGGGAGACUUCAAUGAUCUAUUAUUUCAGUAUGAGAAAAGAGGGGGAAAUCCACAUCCGAAUAGCCUCCUUCGCGGUUUUGGGGAUACUAUUGGGGACUGUGGUUUGACUCAAAUGCCAAUGGAGGGCUAUCCGUACACAUGGGAGAAGGGGAAGGGAACAGUUGAUUGGAUUGAGGAGAGACUUGAUAAAGUCCUGGCAACAGAUGAGUGGCGUAGUAUGGUAACAAUGGCCAGGGUGGUGAACUUGAGAACCCGAAAAUCUGAUCAUUCGGCUAUCUAUCUGGGUAUCCAUGAAUCCUUAGGGACGAAUGGAACAAGAAGGAGGGGAUUCCGUUUUGAGGCAGCGUGGUUAUAUGAGGAGGGGUGUAGAGGGAUAGUCGAGCAGGCAUGGCAGGAAGGAAGGGGACAGGGUCUGCAGCAUUGUAUUGAAUACUGUGGUAGUCGAUUAACACGAUGGGGUGGAGAUCGGCACCAUAAGAGUAUGGAGGAUGCCUACUGGAGGCAGAGGGCCAAGCAACACUGGCUCAAGGAGGCCGAUGCCAAUACCAAGUUCUUUCACAGGUACGCCUCUCAUCGUAAAAAGAAGAAUACUAUUGUCAGACUAAUGAAUGAUAAUGGGGAUUGGGUGGAAGGGGAACCCAUGAAUAAUGUUAUUUUGGAAUAUUUCAAUCGUAUUUUUUGCUCUGAAAAUCCGGGAUCUGGGGAGAGUUUUUUUGAGGGAAUUGUUCCGCGGGUCACUCAGGCACAGAAUGAGUUGUUGUUACGGCCUUUUGAAUUUGAUGAAGUUAAAUCGGCCCUGUUUGCAAUGUUUCCUGAUAAGGCACCGGGCCCGGAUGGAAUGAACCCGGGGUUCUAUCAACAUUUUUGGGAUGUGGUAGGGGGGGAUGUUGCGACUUUUGUCAUGGGAUGUCUUAACUCACGCAAUCUACCACCUAGCUUAAACAGUACAGAUAUUAUUUUGAUCCCAAAGAAAAAGACCCCUGAGCUAGUAACUGACUUGCGUCUUAUAGCCCUCAGUAAUGUGAUCUAUAGGAUUAUGGCAAAGAUGAUAACAAAUAGAAUGAAACCGCUGAUGGAAGGAGUCAUAUCGGAAUCGCAGAGUGCCUUUAUUCCAGAUAGGCUUAUAACUGAUAAUAUUUUGGUAGCAGCGGAGGUGGGUCAUUUUUUGAACAGGAAACAGUGUGGCAUGGUGGGGUGGAGUGCUCUGAAGCUUGAUAUGGCAAAGGCCUAUGACCGGAUGGAGUGGCCUUUCCUGGAAAAAAUGAUGUUGGCUUUGGGUUUUGAUGUUGGAUGGGUGCAGUUAAUCAUGAAUUGUGUAUCUACAGUCUCGUAUAAUUUAUUGGUGAAUGGCUCUAGGAGUGAACCUAUUUUACCCACACGUGGUUUAAGGCAGGGAGACCCAUUAUCUCCUUAUCUUUUUAUUAUUUGUGCAGAGGGCCUUUCUUUGUUAUUACAGCAGGCUCACAAUAGGGGUUUGAUCCAUGGAUGCAGAGUGGCAAGAGGUGCUCCCCCAAUCUCUCACUUGUUUUUCGCUGAUGAUAGCCUUCUGUUUUUUAAAGCCAAUGUUCAAGAGGCCAGUGAGAUCAAAAGGUGUCUAUCAGUCUAUGAGGAUUUAUCUGGGCAAGUGGUUAAUUACCACAAGUCAAGCAUAUGUUAUAGUAGGAACACGAGUAACGCAAGUAAGGAAGUGGUGGCGCAAGUUCUAGGAGUUGGCCAGGCUCCUAAUUUUGGCAAGUAUUUGGGACUCCCCUCAUUUGUAGGGAGAAACAAAAAGGCAGCUUUUGCAUAUAUAGAGGAUAAAAUCCGGCUAAGAAUUGGGUCAUGGAAUAAGAGACGGAUACAUUGGAAGGCUUGGGACAAACUGUCUGUUCCUAAGAAAUAUGGGGGUUUGGGAUUCAAGGAAUUGCGUGCUUUUAACCUGGCUAUGUUGGGAAAACAGGCGUGGCGAAUGCUUACUAAACCUGAGUCCUUGGUAGCUCGUAUAUAUAAAGCACGGUAUUAUGCCAAAGGCUCAUUUUUUGAUGCACAAGUGGGAAAUAAUCCUAGUUUCUGCUGGCGGAGUAUUAUGGCAGCCAAGAGUAUCAUUUGUAGUGGGGUAAGACGGAGGAUUGGAAAUGGGGAAUCUACACUCAUAUGGACCCAUCCUUGGUUACAGGACGACCAAGACCCCAUGAUACAAACAGAGAUGCCAGUACAGUUACAGGAUGCUAAGGUGGUGAGAUUGAUUGAUCAACAAACACGGACUUGGGAUCUUUCAAUUUUAACUGAUCUUUUUCAUCCUAGUGAUGUGGCAAAUAUUCUUAAAAUACCAGUUUCUCCGGAUUAUGAUGAUACUUGGUAUUGGCCUGGGGACCCGAGAGGAGUUUAUUCUGUAAAGGGCGGAUACAGAUUAAUAGUUGGUAAUUAUGGGAAUGAGAAUGGGACCUUUACAAAGUGGUUAACCUUGUGGAAACUCAAAAUACCCCCAAAAUGGAGAAUGUUCCUAUGGAGAGCCAUUUGUGAUAUACUGCCUACCACUUCUAACUUGCUUAUAAAGAGGGUAGAAGUAAACCCAUAUUGUGCCAUGUGUGGAUCAUCUCAAGAGGACACUAUGCAUGCUUUAGUGUUAUGUGAAUUUGCAAAGAACAUUUGGGACCGAUCCAACCUUCCAAUCCCCAAUAUUAUAACGAAUAUUUUUCAUAUUUGGUUUGGUGAGCUCCUAAAUGUUUUAGAUUUUGAUGGGAUGUUAUAUGCAGCAUCAAUCCUCUACAAUAUUUGGAGAGCACGGAACGGGGCGGUUUGGAAUGCUCUAUUACCACGGCCACAAUCUUUGUUGGCAGCAGCGAAUUCGGCAUUGCAUGCAUGGAGAAGGGCAAACCCGCCAGCAGUCCAAAACCACGUACCACUGCCUGCAACGCAAUCUCAACAUCUUGGCUCUCAUGCACCACUCGGACCUCACGGUAUUGUACAGGAAGAGCCACCUCGGAGGCUAUGUCGCAUCGACGCGGGGUUUAUACACAAUACGGGCAAGGCUACGGUUGGGGCAAUCCUCGUAGACAUGAAUGGAGGGUAUGUCGCGGCCUUCAGUGCACCCCUCCCGGAUUCUUUCUCACCACUUAUGGCCGAGGCAUUGGCAUGCAAGGAGGCUUUGUCAUGGUUAAAGGAUCGAGGGGAACAGAACAUCGAAAUAUAUACAGAUUGUUUAAUGCUACAGCGUUAUCUUACUACACCGUCUACUACGUUUCGCACUUACGUCGGCUAUGCCAUUGACGCCUGCAGAGCAGCUACAACUUAUUUUCAGUCUUGUUCUUUCCAUUUUAUUUCUAGACUAGACAAUUUUAUAGCUCAUGCCUUAGCUACUUCAGCAUAUCAGCAAUCGGCUGCUAUAUUUAUGAUUGCUAAAGAAAAAACAUAA